AUGUUCAUUCAUACAACAGCUUUUUUCACGAUAUUGUCGUUGGCCCUCGGUGCUCCCAGUCUUAAAGGCUCGGACAGUCGCCAACAACGCUGUGUGAUUCCAUCUUCCCAUAGCACAGCCGAUGACUCUGGAACCAUUGCCAGAACUUUUGCACGAUGCUCAUCCAACUCAGUAGUUGUCUUCCAGGAAGGUGUUGAUUAUAAUGUCUUCCAACCCAUUAGUGCAACCAAUCUGAGCAAUGUUGAGAUCCACAUGAAUGGAAAUCUACAUCUGCCUCAAAACAUCACCGCAGUUCAGAAAAUCGUGAAUGGAACCAGCGGGACACUUUAUUCAAAUGGACAAUAUUGGUUUACCUUCUCCGGUCCGCACAUUGACUAUGUCGGGUCGUCAGAUAUCAACAACGGCUGGAUCGACUCGUACGGACAGGCGUGGUGGGAUGCAAAUCCCGUGAACGGCACCGGCAUAGACGAUCGUCCGCAUCUGAUGAGCUUCGAGACUACGCACGGCUCACUCAAGUACUUCAAGUCUCGGAAACCCAUUGCGUGGAAUGUGCAACUGAAAGGAGACGAUAUCGAUGUCAGUCACGCAUUCAUCGAUGCCGAGUCCACCGGCUCGUUCCCUUUUAACACGGACGGUUUCGACGUGACAGCAACCAACGCCCGGAUCACCGAUAGUGUGAUUUAUAACGGCGAUGAUGCUAUCGCCGUGCAGUCCGGUUCACACAACGUGAUCUUCGAGAGGAAUACGAUCGGGUACCAGAGCCACGGCAUGAGCAUCGGCUCACUGGGCGAGGAUCAAUCAGAAUACGCCAAUGUUUCCAACAUUCACUUCGAAGAUGUCACCGUCAUAGACGCGGUUUAUGCGUCCCGGUUCAAGUCGUGGAUGGGCGGACAGGGCAUCGCUAAAAACAUCACUUGGAAGAACAUCCGUGUUUACAACGUCACCUUCCCCAUUUUCGUAACGCAAAGCUAUACCAACCAGGGCUCUUCAGAGACGCAGCUUGGCAAUGGAGUGACGACUGGUCGGGUGAAUAAUGCGUCUGUCAUCAUGGAGGACUUCGCCUGGUCGGACUUUACGGGGACUGUAAACACCUGGAGGCCUGGUGACGGUUCGUGCGUGUCGGAUCCCUGCUGGUAUGAUGAUGGUCUGCCAAACCUCAAGCAUACCGAGGCCGCUAUCAUUGAAUGCAACACCAAGUCUUCUUGCAGGAAUUUUGAACUACGAAAUAUCCAGAUCAUCCCUCAGAACAUGGAGCCGCCCACGGUGAUCUGCAUCAAUGCAACAGCCCGGUUGAACCCGCACCUUGGUUUUGACUGCCGCAAUGGCACCUUUUCUCCUGUCUCUUCAUAG